GCUGGAGGCCCCGCCCGAGAGUCCUCCUCCCGGGGUCGCCAGCCCACCGCCGGCCCGGCCCGGCCCGGUGGGUGGCCGCGGGGCCGCCUCUACCGGCUGGCGGCGGUGACUCGGCGACCUUGGCCCAGAGCAUCUAGCCGGAACCCCCCAACGGCGGCGGCGGCGGCGCGGACUUUGCCCAGCGUCGGGGCGGAGCGGACAGGGUCCGCGGGCCGGUCGCCGAUAUGUUGGCCUUCGCGGCCAGGACCGUGCCCGGGCAAGUGGCUGUCUCUUGCUAGGUUCUGCCCGCCCACUUGGUAGCACAGUUAGGCUUAGAGAUCCAGCCCAAGGCAGACAGACAGGGCUCAGAACCUCAGUCCUGCCAUGGAGGACGGGCAGCAGAAAGAGAAGGUAAAGCCCGUGGGCUUCCUCAAGCCCUCCUCCCUGAUGAAGGCUCCCGGCCGCUUCAAGGCACACCAGGACUCGCUGCCCCGGCUGCCCGUGCCCCUGCUCCAGCAGACCCUGGACCAUUAUCUCAAGGCCCUGCAGCCUAUCGUGAGCGAGGAGGAGUGGGCCCAAACCAAGCAGCUGGUAGAAGAGUUUCAGACCACAGGCGGUGUAGGGGAGCGCCUGCAGAAGGGGCUGGAGCGCAGGGCCAGGAAGUCAGAAAACUGGCUGUCCGAGUGGUGGCUCAAAACGGCCUACCUCCAGUACCGCCAGCCCCUGGUCAUCUACUCCAGCCCAGGUGUAGCACUGCCUAAGCAGGACUUUGUGGAUCGGCAGGGACAGCUCCGGUUUGCUGCCAAAUUCAUUGAGGGCGUGUUGGAUUUCAAGGCCAUGAUUGACAACGAGACCCUGCCUGUGGAGUACCUGGGCGGAAAGCCACUGUGCAUGAACCAGUACUACCAGAUCCUGUCUUCCUGCCGUGUGCCAGGCCCCAAGCAGGACUCAGUCACCAACUUCAGCAAGACCAAGAAGCCACCCAUGCACAUCACUGUGGUGCACAACUACCAAUUUUUUGAGCUGGACGUGUACCACAGUGACGGGACACCCCUGACCUCAGAUCAGAUCUUCGCACAACUGGAGAAGAUCUGGAACUCGUCACUGCAAACUAACAAAGAGCCUGUGGGCAUCCUCACCUCCAACCACCGCAACUCCUGGGCCAAGGCAUACAGCACACUCAUCAAAGACAAGGUGAACCGGGAGUCAGUGCGCUCCAUCCAGAAGAGCAUCUUCACCGUGUGCCUGGAUGCGCCCAUGCCCCGGGUCUCAGAAGACGUGUACCGCAGCCAUGUGGCCGGCCAGAUGCUGCAUGGGGGUGGUGGCAGGCUCAACAGUGGCAACCGCUGGUUUGACAAGACACUGCAGUUCAUCGUGGCAGAAGACGGCUCCUGCGGGCUGGUUUAUGAGCACGCAGCAGCAGAGGGCCCCCCUAUCAUCACCCUCGUGGACCAUGUGGUUGAGUUCACGAAGAAGCCCGAGCUCGUGCGGUCUCCCAUGGUGCCCCUACCUAUGCCCAAGAAGCUGCGGUUCAACAUCACCCCCGAGAUCAAGAACGACAUCGAGAAGGCUAAGCAGAACCUCAGCAUCAUGAUCCAGGACCUGGACCUCACGGUGAUGGUGUUCCACCACUUCGGGAAAGACUUCCCCAAGUCAGAGAAGCUGAGCCCAGAUGCCUUUAUCCAGAUGGCGCUACAGCUGGCCUACUACAGGAUCUACAAGCAAGCAUGUGCCACGUACGAAAGUGCUUCCCUGCGCAUGUUUCACCUGGGCCGAACCGAUACCAUCCGCUCAGCCUCCGUGGACUCGCUGGCCUUCGUCAAAGCCAUGGAUGACUCCAGUGUGAUGGAGCUCCAGAAGGUAGAGCUACUGCGGAAAGCUGUGCAGGCCCACCGAGCCUACACUGACCGGGCCAUCCGUGGCGAGGCGUUCGACCGGCACCUGCUGGGUCUGAAGCUGCAGGCCAUUGAGGACCUGGUGAGCAUGCCCGACAUCUUCAUGGACACCUCCUAUGCCAUCGCUAUGCACUUCAACCUCUCCACUAGCCAGGUCCCUGCCAAGACAGACUGUGUCAUGUUCUUUGGGCCUGUGGUCCCGGACGGCUAUGGUGUCUGCUAUAACCCCAUGGAGGCCCACAUCAACUUCUCCGUGUCAGCCUACAACAGCUGUGCCGAGACCAACGCUGCCCGCCUGGCACACUACCUGGAGAAGGCACUCCUGGACAUGCGUGCUCUGCUUCAGAGCCACCCCCGGGCCAAGCUCUGAGCCUCCCGUGCUCAGGCCUGCUAAUGCCAUGGCCAGGCAACCCCAGGGCGGGCCACCUGCCAGGGCUCCGCUCCUUUGCUCCCUCUCCCCCUGAGCCCCACAGAUCUGACUGAACCACGAUGGCACCCCCUUCCAUGGGUCAUCCCCAGCACCUGCUGGGGCCAGAGCCCGGGCUGAAGUCAGAGUCUGAGCAGGACGCAGGGCACAGGUGCCGACACAUCACCUGCUGAGGCCUCUGGAAAAGGGCAGCCACUGAGCCCUCCCUGCCCGGCUGGGAGACCGGUGGGCCUUUCCUGGCUAGCCCAGCUCUGGCCAGUCCCUACUGUCUCAUGGCCAGGCCAGGGCUUAUACCCCAAUCCUCAAGCUCCCAAGGAUCUAGAGACAGUAUUAUCUGGAGCUGGGGGGGUUCCAGGCCUCCCCAAAGCUGAGAGACCAGGGUGUGAGGUGUGCUGUAAGGGGAAGUCCAGCUGCGCCCUGGCCCACCUGGGACCCUGGAUCGGUCUCCCCUGGGAGUGCCGUGCUCUACUGGGCGAGGCGGCUCGCGGGCCCUGGCUUACUGGCUUCCUCUCGGCUUGAUUCCUGAACCCUGUUUGUGGCUGUAUAAUGGCGAUAUGCAAGGUAAUCAAUAAAGGGAAAUCUGUGUAA